AUGACAAGUCGAGGCCCCCUAACCGCUUACCUGCUAUCGAGCACCCCCAAUGCCCUCAAGCGCGCAACAAACCACCCCUUCCUCGCCUCCGCAGGCCGCGGCACCCUCCCAAAAGCCCAACUAAGCCAAUGGCUCUCCCAAGACCGCCUAUACGCGCAAUCCUACAUCCGAUUCAUAGGCCUCCUCCUCUCGAAGAUCCGCCUGCCCAUCCAAAACCCAACCUCACCAACCCCGCACACCCCAAGCCCCGAACAAAACGCCAUAACCGUCCUCAUCGACGCCCUCGUCAACAUCCGCACAGAACUCUCCUUCUUCGAAAAAACAGCGAACGACUACUCCCUAGAUCUAACAGCAAUCUCCGCCGAAGAAGGCGGCUGCACCCUCACCUCCUGCGGCCAGGGCUCAGACAUAACCGUCUCAGCCGGUAUAUCCUCCACGGGCUCCGGAAGCUGCCCGGGUUUUACGGGCGGCGAUGACGAAGGUCCGCAUAAGAACGGGAACCCCGGUGCAUGUGUCCCGUCGACUAGCGCGCCCGGACACGGUCUGUGUCAGAGUCAGGGAGAGUGUCAGAUGCCUGGUGGGGGUGGGGAAGUCUGUGCGCCUGGACCGCAGUUCAAUCAGUCUGGUCGCGGCGUGGACACGGCUGCUGCUGUCGAUGGGGAUGUUGGGGAUGCUGGGGGGAAAGUGGGUGUGCAGGGUGGUGAGCGGUGUGGGACUCUUUUCUUCUGUGCGAACCGGACGACUAGGGCUUAUAUUGAUAUGUUUAUGUCUGCGGGGAGUAGUGGGGUUUCUACUUUGGAGGGGUUGGCGGUCUUGUGGGCUACGGAAGUUUGUUAUCUUAGGGCUUGGAGGUUUGCGGCCGAGUGUAUGCGGGAAGAUGGGGAGAAGGAUUAUAAAAAGGAUGCGGAUGGGGGUGCGUUGAGGGAGAGGUUUAUUCAGAAUUGGUCGAGUGUUGAGUUCGAGGAGUUUGUUAAUCGGAUUGGGGAUGUGCUUGAUGAGAUGGCGGGACAGAUUAAGGGGGCGGAGGAGUUGGAGAUCACGCGGGGAAGGUGUUUGGAGUGGUGGAGGCAGAUUGUUUGGUUGGAGGAGAAUUUUUGGCCGACUGUUGCUGAAUAA